UAAAAAUUUCCCACUGUACCAAAAAAAUAAGCCUCAUUAAAAUAUGAAAUAGAUCCUCCACUCCCAUUUGAAAUGUAAUGGCAGGCCAAAGGAGUAAAAAUUUCAAAUCUGCAGAUAAACAAGGAAGAUGAGAAGAUAUCUUAAUAUUCUGGCUUAUAAGAGCAUCAUGAAUCUGCUAGGAAGGAAUGUGGUUCCUUAUCAGGGACAUUAAUCACACCAAGUCCACUUGGGCAAUAAAGGUUAGGGUUGUACGAGCUUACGAGGUGCCUCCUCACUCAAGGGGAAACAUUGGAAAUGGUGUUGCACGACGCUGAGGGUGAUCGCAUUCACGCCAUAAUCAAACGACCACAACUUGCAAUGUACAAGCCCAUGAUUGCAGAGCACAAGACUUAUGCUCUAAGGAAGUUUUUGGUACUAGACAAUUACCAAACAGUGAAGACUACGGAUCAUCCUUACCUAAUACAGUUCAUCUCUAAAACUCAACUUAGGGAGGAUGCAAAAACAGAACUUCCUAUGAGGGUUUAUGAUUUUCAACCUUUUGAUAUGCUGCACGCUCAAAGGGUUGUGAACGACAAAAGUCUCAUUGAUAUCAUUGGGAAGGUUAUCGCAAAAAGCGUUAUUCAAACUCAUAUCAUCAAUGGGAAAACUGAAAGGCUUAUGGAACUUACACUGACUGACCCAGAGGGUAACAGAUUGGGCUGUGUGUUAUGGAACAAGUAUAUCAACCAGUAUCUGGAUUACAUCAAUGAGAACGAAGGAGUUCCUGUGUUUGUGAUAUUCCAACUUUGUAGACCUAAGAGAUACCAAGGGACCUUAACUGUGGCCUCUUCCUUUAAUGUAUCCAAACUUAUCAUUAACGGAAACACAACUGAAAUACUAGAGUUCCAAAGCGAAUUUCCAGCAGAUGGUGAUGACACCAUAUCUCAAACAUGCAUGACACAAUGCUCACAAGGUGAAGGUAGGGAUGACGUGCUUACUGGACAUGCUGUCAUGACCACUAUGGAGGAAUUGAUGAAGGCUACUGAGG